UUCGCAGUUCGUCGCACGCGCGCACUGAGGUGUCUUACAUGAAUGCAAGGUGACGGAAGCCCAUCGUCACUGUCAUUGUCAUCAGUUAUUAAAUGAUCAAAAUUAUGCCGUGGGUCAUCGCUGGCACUGUGACAUCUAAAACUGUUUCUGACAGAUGGUACCGUUAUGCGUUGCGGUGUUCCACACUACAGUUUGACAUAUAACGCGCGUUAUGUUAGCUCACAUUCACGAUCAACAGAAACAUGCUCGUAAGGGAACAAACUGUAUUCACCAGCCGUAUUUUUCGCGCUGUAGCCCUCGGUCGACGCAUUACCACCGAAAACAGAUCUUGCGAAAUCCAUUACAGUGUUUUGAAUUGUACUUAAAACCGGGAACUUAGAAAGCGUGACGUGUUUCCAGCAUAGUAGCAACUAUUUCACUGUACUUGUUUACGUUUACGAGGCAAAAAAAUUGCACGGGAGAUUAGUGCGCUGAGCUGAUAUAGGCGCUCGGUGCACGAACGAAACGCACGAAACCGAGACGCCGACACAGACACUGGAGCAGAGUACGGUCAACGUUUCUGAGGUCACGUGAGCGCCGCCAUGUUGUGUCGUUGCACCGGCUGGACCUUCUGGCGGGAAAAUUAGAAGUAUCGAUUAUUUGCUGCGGUGCGCCAAAUACCUGAGGCACACUGUACGCGCUGUGUGUAUUGUUUUGACUUGUGUACAGGUUUCCCAACGAUUCUGAGGAUGUCUAAAGAAGAGGGCAACAAAGGAAAAAAUGAUUCCGACCCGACAUCCGAAGCACGUGCACAAGACAAACCGGGACUACUGGCAUCAAUCCUCCACAACCCUUUCAAGAAGAGGGGUAAACCUGACAUGGAAGUGUUGUCACAGAACAGUCAAGACGAGGAGGACGACGACGAUGACGACGGCGAGGAUGAUGAUGAGGAGGAUGAGCCGGUAGUUCAUAUAGAAGGGGCCUACGACCCGACGGAGUACGAAAAUUUGGAAGUAUCGCCAGAAAUAAAAGAACUCUUCGCUUUCAUUACGCGCUACACGCCGCAGACCAUCGAACUAGAGCACAAGCUUCGUCCCUUCAUCCCGGAUUUCAUCCCAGCUGUCGGAGACAUCGACGCCUUCAUCAAAGUUCCGCCUCCGAACGAUGCCUCCGACAGCCUUGGCCUCACCGUUCUGGACGAACCCUGUGCCAAGCAGUCCGACCCCACCGUACUGGACCUCCAGCUCCGAGCGCUGUCCAAGGAAACUACGACGAAGACCACUGUGGUGAAGAGUUUGGCGAACGCCGAGAAACAAACUAAGGCAAUCGAUGCGUGGAUCGAAAGUAUUGGUAACCUGCACCGCUCCAAGCCGCCGCCUACCGUCCAUUAUGCAAGGAACAUGCCCGACAUUGAAACCUUGAUGCAGGAAUGGCCGCCAGAGUUUGAAGCACUCUUGAAGAAUGUCGGUUUGCCGUCAGCGGAACUAGAUUGCAGCUUAGAAGACUACGUCACUAUGAUCUGUGUGUUGCUAGACAUACCGGUGUACAAGUCCAAAGUACAAUCUCUUCACGUCCUCUUCACCUUGUACGCAGAGUUCAAGAAUUCACAGCAUUUCAAGGCUCUCGCAAUGGAGAACAAAGUCGACAACGACUCUGCUCAACAUGAAGGGGGUUCUUCGGACAGAUUCGUCUUGUAAGCAAUGUAACCGAGGUUACGUGGCAACGAUCUAUAUGCGCUAUCUGUUGAGGGCUGUUCUGGUUACUGUUCGUAACAAAGGAGGAGUGUAUCGCAAGUCGAGUGAGAUGCGUUUCUGUAUAGAUGCAACCGACACGCAAUGUGGGCAAAGCAAGUUUUACUGUCAUAUACACCAGUACACAGCAUGUCCACCUGUGCUUCGUAGCUGCCUUGUUUUUUUUUUUUUCUUGCGCGAAUAAAAUUAGAAAGGAAAUGUCACAGAUAUUCCACUGUUGAUGAGAGAGCUCUAAACCAAUGAGCAACGAGUAUUUAUGAAUAUUUACACGUACGAUGAUAACUCGCUGGUGCAUAUACUUUGUCGACA